AUGCUUCCCAGAGACCAAACAGCAGAAGGCAAUUUAUCUUCAGUCGUGGUCUUUGUUCUCCUGGGAUUUUCUGAUCUCCCACACCUCCAGGUGCUCCUAUUUGGAAUUUUCUUUCUCAUCUAUAUAUUCGUCUUAACAGGAAAUGGUCUUAUCAUAAUAAUUACAAGGGUAGACUCUGUUCUCCAGACACCCAUGUAUUCUUUUCUUGCAAGUUUUUCCUCACUAGAAAUCUGUUACGUGUCUGUCACUCUUCGCAGGGUUGUGGUGAACCCUUGGACUCAGGAUAGAAGCAUUUCUUUCCUGGGCUGUGCCGAUCAAAUGUGCUUCUUCCUUGUUCUGGGAGCCACAGAGGCAUUUCUUCUGGCAGUGAUGGCCUAUGACUGCUAUGUGUCCAUUUGUAACCCUCUGCAUCCUCUUGUCAUGCACCACAAGAUGUCCACCCAGUUGGCUAUUGGUGCUUGGCUCGGUGGAAUUCCCAUCCAGAUAGAACAAACAUGUCAGGUGUUCUCACUGCCCUUCUGUGCUUCUAACCAAAUCAACCACUUCUUCUGUGACAUCCCCCCAUUAAUCAAUCUGGCCUGUGGGGGCACUUCACUCAAUGAGAUGUUUGUCUAUGUAGCUGCUGUAUUGUUUGGCAUGAUUUCUUUUCUAUUGAUACUUGGCUCUUUUGUCAAAAUCAUUUCCACCAUCCUAAAGUUGCCCUCCGCCACAGGUCGGUCCAAAGCCUUCUCCACCUGUUCUGCCCAUCUCAUAGUAGUGGUUUUAUCUUUUGGCUCUGUUACUCUCACCUAUUUAAGGCCAAAAUCAAAUCACUCUGCAGGAACUGACAAAAUGCUCUCUCUUUUCUACACUAUUGUGACUCCAAUGUUUAACCCUAUGAUAUAUAGUUUAAGGAACAAGGAUGUGAUUGUAGCACUGAAAAAGUUAUUACUCAAGAGAACAGUGUGA